AUGUCUGUCUCUAGAUUCCGUCACUCCACGGGGCAUGUGGCAAAGCCUCAGCGGCAGCUUCUAAAUGUGACAUCGUCAACUGCUUUAUGGGAUGGUAGCAACACUAUUUCAUGCAACGAUAAAUUCGUUGCAGUCCCGUGGCAAACCCUAGGUGGAACUGCUGUUUUCAAGCAUGAUGUCUCCGGAAGACUUGCGCCAAACCCACCCAUUGUACUUGGUCAAGAGGGUCCAAUCAUCGACGUCAAGUUUGACCCCUUCGACAACCAAAAGCUCUUUACUGCCAGCGAAGAUGGCAGCAUCUUCGGCUGGGGUAUUCCAACAGAUGGACUGAAAUCGAACAUAUCCUCUCCACUAGUGGAGCUGAAGGGACACCGCAAAAAGUGUGGCAUAAUGUCAUUCCACCCCAGCGCAAAAGGUGUUUUAGCCUCGGCAGGUGUCGACAGCGUGAUUAACGUGUGGGAUGUGGAGAGAGGCAUCGCUGUUACGACCAUCAGUAAUCUUUCUGACUACGCCACUGGACUAGAGUGGAAUCUACAGGGGUCUCUGUUUUGUACGACCUCUCGCGACAAAGUGCUUCGAACGAUUGAUCCUCGUAACUCCACAGUAGUGUCAUCGGUGGAAAGCCACGCCAGUGCCCGCUCACAGCGGUGCGUCUGGUGCAAGCGAAAGGACACCAUAAUAACACUCGGCUGCAACAAAAGUCAGCAGCGUCAAAUAAAGCUGUGGGAUACGCGAAAGUUGGAAAAGGCCUACUCAGUCGUCGACCUCGACCAGUCGAGCGCCACAUUUAUACCAGUGUACGAUGAGGAUAUAAAUCUACUAAUCCUCGGCAGCAAGGGCGAGAGCAACGUGAAGUGUUUUGAGCUGAUGGAUGAAGGCCUCACAUUCAGCUACGAGAUGAGCUCGCAGGAUCCUAUGAAGGGUCUGUGCAUAAUGCCGAAGUGGUCCCUAGACGUGAGGAAAUGUGAAUUUGACCGUCUGUACCAGCUGACAUAUCACAGUCUUUUGACCAUCGAGAUGCUGCUUCCUAGGAAACAAUCUUGCAUAGAGUUCCAAAGGGAUGUGUUUCCUUCCACAUUUGCAGACCACUCUGCAAUCUCGGCCGAUGAGUUCUUCAGGGGUACUAACGCUACUCCCCGUGAGUACGACUUGUCUGACUUAUUUAAUGGUCUGUCGCCGCGCCUGCUGGGAGAAAGCAAGUCUUCCUUUCAGAAGACUCCUGUGGCGGCGCAAGCAGCAAAAUCACCAAUGAAGGAGCCAAAGGAGGAGACCGUCAAGAGGAGCGAACACUGCGCUGUCUCCACCCCAGCGCCACACGAGGGUGAUGCAUCCUCAACCAACGACAGGACAACAACCCACGUGGAUCCGUGCGGCAACAUGGAGCAGGAGGAGAAUUUCCAUCGAAAGAAGCGCUUCCAAGAGCUACUGGAAAAAGUUCGGACUUGCCACCAGGAGAUUGAAACUCUUCGAAAAGCACUUCAAGAAAAAGAGUCACAAAUGUUGAAAGUGUUAGAGGACAUCCAGUCAAUGUAA